GGUUGUGGUGAAGAACAGGAUUUCCAAGUCUACUUCAAGUAUGCAAGCAUACAGUAUCGCUGAGCAGAACUGCUACUGAGAGUAUGGCUGUACAAUGCCGUAUAACACAUUGCAGUGUUAUGACCGGACUGUCCUAUAGGCUGAACAGAGAAUGAGAACACUCCAUAGACAUAUACUUCAAGGAAUACUGGUGUGCUUGACUUCUGUCCAUGUGGUUUUUACAGAACCAGAUUUGCUUCCACCUCCGGAGAACGUUUUUAUACAUUCCACCAACCUGAUCCAUAUCUUGCACUGGAAACCAUUGCCAAAGUCCUGGGGAAAUGUGACAUACUCUGUCCAGUCACAAGGAGAAUACGAGCGAGUAUAUAAAAAUCAUACCUGGAAUGACAUUUAUCAAUGCCAAUCGAUCUCUGAGCACCAAUGCAAUGUUACUUACGAUGUGGCCGCUAAUGUCUUGUACGCAUUUCGGGUUCGAUCAGAGCAGGAAGUCCAGCGAACAUCUGUCUGGGCUGAAAUGGAGAAACUGUUCAACAGAAUGACAUCGAUCCUAAUUCCACCUAAUAUAACCCUUCAAGCUCAUGGUCGUAACACUUUAACAUUAAACAUUGAAGACCUUGGUGAAGCCUUCCAGUAUUUUGUGUAUUUCUGGGAAAAGGAAAAAGAAAACCCGGUGGAGAAUAUGAAGUUAAGUAGGAAGGUUACAUCCACUUCCUUCGAUCAGCUAGUGGGAGGGCGUGAGUACUGUGCGUCUGUGGUUGCAUUGGCAAUACCUAUCAGCAAGAACAGCAGCAGGAGUGACUUAGCAUGUGUUAAAGUUCAAGCACUUGAACAUAAAGGUUUGAUUAUUGGCCUCCUAUCUGCAUUUGUGUUUGCUUUGGUGCCAUUGGCAUUAGCAGCAAGAAGAGUUAUCAGGGUUCUGCGGUACUCCUGCUGCCCACAAGUGGACAUUCCUGAUGUAUUAUUGAAUGGACCCUACACUGGUCGUGGAAUGGCCAGCAAUUUUUACAUAGGUCAAGAAAAAUGUGAAUCGGUGAACACUGUUGAGCUUCAUGAUCUUAUCACCUCCCAGGAGAAAUGUACAGAUAAAUGUGAGAUAUCCCGAUGACCUUUCAUAACACAGAGAACACUACUAGGAGUCUAUAAAACCUUCAGUGCUCAUUUGUCAAUAACAUGAAUAACAGAAAAAAAGACACAGUGGCUGUCCUGGAAGAUGUACAGUUCUAAAGAACGUUGGAGAAAAGAAUUGUAUUGGGCUCAAAUAAACUGUGAAAUUGACAUCAAUUCAAGAAAAACUGAUAAUGGCAGAAACCUUUGGUUGGUUUUCAAGCGGAGACAAAUAGGGACUACAAUUUCCUAGUUAUGAAUUCUUAAAAAUGCAACUUUUAUGUCACUGUAUGUACAGUGGACCAGAGGACGUUGUGAUUUCUCUAGAAUGGGUUUGCUUCCAGUUAACACUUUGUGCAUGGACUUAAUAUGUUCCUUUUGCAACUAGAUUUUUCCCAGUUUCUCCGCUGGUAGUGUACAGAUGCAAUUUAAUCAGACCUAGAUUACACCGAAGUUGACUAAGGUAACAAAGUGAGUGAUUAUAAUUUUCAUCCCAGUUCUUAUAUUGUGUUUCUGGCUGUUCUAUUAGCCUAAUGCUGGUGGAUACUUUUGAACCAUUAUUUUUAAAUGGUCCUGGAUCUGAGCUGAAAAAGCCCAGGUCCAUGUGUUUCCUGAUUUAAGCAGCACCCUUUGCAAUGUGCAGACAACAACCUUGAUUGCAGUGCAUGUAUUGGAGUGUGAGAAGGUGGUUGCACUACAUUGAGACAAGAGACUGCAGACUGAGCUUGGAGCUCUAUGGGAAAAAUCCUGAGAGCGGUUCCCCUAUAUUUAUUAAAACUCAGUUUGACAUACACUGAGUGGACUUUCUUACUUUAGCAUUGUAUCACCUUUCCUGUAUACAUGUACAGUUAAUUGAUGUAUUUGUGGCCUGGAGGUCUACUUUAAGUAGCUCCUGGUCUAAUAAACACAAAGACUUUAUCUGGAUGCUUGACAAGAGGACAUCAAACUGUACACUGACCAAGAAUGACUACAGAUCUGUCUGUGUGGUCUGUAAAAGAGAUGUUUGAAUUAACUUGCAUUUUAUAAAUAAAUUAUUUCAGAAAUAAA